AUGUUUCAUCAUCAAGAUAUGCCAGCCAUGAAGUCAAAUACAAGUGGUCACUGGAAUCUUAUCAUCUCCAAGAAAUCUUCUGGUCCACCCCCUGGAUCCCAAACUGAAGAUAAGGAAUGGUCUGUAAUUCGAUCUGAGAGCCUGUCGAAGGGCACCUCAAUGCCUAAGCAAUCGUUAGAUAGUAUCGAACAGCGUCAAUACCCUGGAAGCUUGCAUCGCCAUCAGCGAGGAGCAGAACGUAUUUGCGCUCAAUUUAGAAGCAUGCUGGAUGUUGAAGAAGCUCCGAGCUUGGAACAAAUUUCUAUGGACCACCAUGAGUCAAUGGAGUUAUGGGUCGUAGAGAAGCUGCAACAGGCUUCUAAAAAUUAUAGCACUACUUCAAAUGACUGGGCUGACAUUUUACCUCUCUAUACAGCUACUAACGGAGCCCCAAUGGCCCCUACCCGGUCUUCACCAAUUCCAAACGGAGCACCAUCAUCCCCAUUAGAAAUUCCAAUGACCGUCAGCUCAACAGAUCCAAAGAUCGCCGCUCAACAAGCAAGCGACAUGAAGAACAUUGUUCGAAGAAAGUUGACUGGAUAUGUUGGAUUUGCAAAUUUACCAAAUCAAUGGCACCGCAAGAGUGUCAGAAAGGGUUUCAAUUUCAAUGUCAUGGUUGUUGGUGAAUCUGGACUCGGAAAGUCGACUUUGGUCAACACUCUUUUCAACACUUCCUUAUAUCCACCAAGAGAGCGCAAAGGACCUUCCCUCGAUAUUAUCCCAAAAACCGUUUCUAUCCAAUCCAUUAGCGCUGAUAUUGAGGAGAAUGGUGUUCGUUUACGUUUGACUGUCGUUGAUACCCCAGGUUUCGGUGAUUUCGUCAACAAUGAUGAGUCUUGGCGACCAAUUGUCGAUAACAUUGAACAACGUUUCGAUGCUUAUUUGGAUGCUGAGAACAAGGUCAACAGAAUGAACAUUGUUGAUAACCGUGUUCAUGCUUGUGUAUACUUCAUUCAACCAACUGGUCAUGCAUUGAAGCCAUUGGACAUUGAAGUUAUGCGUAGACUCCAUACCAAGGUCAACUUGAUCCCAGUCAUUGCCAAGGCUGAUACAUUGACUGAUGAAGAAAUUGCCGCCUUCAAGUUCAGAAUUCUUGCUGACAUCAAGCACCACGAUAUCCAAAUCUUCGAGGGUCCACAUUACGAAAAAGAUGACGAGGAGACAAUUGCUGAGAACAAGGAGAUUAUGGACAAGGUACCUUUCGCAGUGGUUGGUGCCAAUUCCGAGAUUACAAACAGCGAGGGACGUAAAGUUCGUGGACGUAAAUACCCAUGGGGUACCAUUGAAGUUGACAAUGAGGAGCACUGCGAUUUCGUCAAGCUCAGACAAAUGCUUAUCCGAACCCACAUGGAGGAGCUCAAGGAACACACCAACAAUGCUUUGUACGAGAACUACAGAUCGGAGAAGCUUACUGCUAUGGGCGUUACUCAAGAUCCAAAUGUUUUCAAGGAGGUCAACCCAGCUGUCAAGCAAGAAGAGGAGCGUCAAUUGCACGAGCAAAAGCUUGCCAAGAUGGAGGCCGAGAUGAAGAUGGUUUUCCAACAAAAGGUCGCAGAGAAGGAGAGCAAGCUGAAGCAAAGCGAGGAAGAGUUGUACGCACGACAUCGCGAGAUGAAGGAACAACUCGAGCGUCAACGUCAAGAAUUAGAAGAGAAGAAAUCCAGAGUCGAAAGUGGAAGACCAAUAGAAAAGGAAGGCAAGAGGAAGGGGUUUUCACUCCGUUAA